AUGUCUGAGAACAAGCCGACGGCAUCUACAGAAUUACAAAAACAACAGCACCUAAAAAAGCCUCGUCCAUCAUGGGUCAGUCACCUACCACAGUGGCACCUCCAUCCUGAAAUUGAUCGCCUAAAUUCCGUCGUUCUUUGUAGCCACUUUUCUAGUCUACCGCCAUGGUGUACGAAGGAGUGGUGGUUUUGUCUUCCUCGUUAUAUUCACGAUCGUUCGUAUUGUUGGCGCGUGCUGCGAGUUAGCGACCAUCAACAGCCCCUCGACUGGUCUCUAUACAGCAGCUGCAAUUUGCAGUUCUAUAGGAUUGUCCCCACACCUGAUGACAUGCUUGGGUCUACUUUCAAGGGCGUAUGCAACAGAAAUGAAUGUAUGCCUCGGCCUCUUAUUCACAUGUUUGCUUUUACCUUCUUUCGAGCUGUCACCAUUGGGUCUUUGCUCCUCACUGCCUCCGGACUAACAUGGAAUAUAACACUGGACGGGCUGAAGUAUCUGAGUGUAGUGGUCAAGGUCGGCAUGAUUUUAUACCUUGUCAGCUGGUUUGUCAUGUGCAUGUUCUUUGGUAUUCUUUUCCUAUACCAGUCAUCAAUUGAAAACGGCAAAAGCCUUGCUUUGGUAGCUGUGGCCAUUUCGGCUCCGUUUAUACCUGUGCGCAUCAUUUACGCUAUGCUGCUGUUCUUUCUUGCCAACUCCACCUUUAACAUGAUCGACGGUAGCAAUACCGUUCAGCUGGUCAUGUCUGUGUUUCAUAAGCUCAUUGUUCUUUUUGUUUGCUUGCCUGUUGGCUUUACUUUGACGGUUUGGGAACAACACUGGAAAUCUGUUCCAGGUCUUGAAGUUGCAUGA